AUCACAGCAGUGCAAGUGUCAAAGACCGGCUUCAGUCAAUGUGAACUGCGAAAAGACUCUGCAGAAAUGCCAAAACUCCUUGUCUAAUUUCUGGUCUCUUCUCUUCAUUAUCGGAAGUGGAAAAGAAUUAAUAUUAUCUGUUGAACACGGAAGUCUUCAGAAUUGGAGUGAUCGAAGGAAGAUUUUGUUGGCUUGCGUUUCAGGCGAAACAUGGAGCGUUACGAGAUUGUCAGAGAUAUUGGGUCUGGGAAUUUCGCUGUAGCUAAGCUCGUUAGGGAUAAGGGGACGAAGGAGUACUUUGCUGUCAAGUUUAUUGAGAGAGGUCACAAGAUUGAUGAAAAUGUGCAAAGGGAAAUCAUGAACCAUAGAUCAUUGAAGCAUCCCAAUAUUGUUAGAUUCAAAGAGGUCCUCCUAACGCCAACUCAUCUUGCCAUAGUGAUGGAGUAUGCAGCCGGAGGGGAACUCUUUGAGAGGAUAUGUAGCGCUGGUAGAUUUAGCGAGGAUGAGGCAAGGUUUUUCUUUCAGCAAUUGAUAUCUGGAGUCAGUUAUUGUCAUUCCAUGCAAAUCUGUCAUAGAGAUCUUAAGCUUGAAAAUACUCUCUUAGAUGGCAGUACUGCACCGCGUGUCAAAAUUUGUGACUUUGGAUACUCAAAGUCAUCUGUAUUCCAUUCACAACCUAAGUCUACCGUAGGCACUCCAGCCUACAUUGCACCUGAGGUCCUAUCAAAAAAAGAGUAUGACGGAAAGAUAGCAGAUGUUUGGUCCUGUGGAGUCACCUUAUAUGUGAUGUUAGUUGGCGCUUAUCCCUUUGAAGACCCGGAGGAUCCAAGAAACUUUAGAAAAACCAUUGGGAGGAUACUCAGUGUCCAAUACUCAAUCCCAGAUCAUGUACGAGUUUCCAUGGAAUGUAAACAUCUUCUAUCACGAAUAUUUGUGGCCACUCCUGAAAAGAGAAUAAGUAUAAUAGAGAUAAAAAAUCACCCGUGGUUUCUGAGGAACUUGCCUAUUGAACUGACGGAAGGAGGAAGUUGGCAGAGCAAUGAUGUAAAUAAUCCAUCACAGAGUGUGGAGGAAGUUUUGUCCAUAAUACAAGAGGCAAAAACACCUCCCAUUGCCCCCAUGGUUGGUGGCCUUCUGGCUGGAGGCAGCAGCGUGGACCUAGAUGACUUAGAUGCUGAUGCAGAUCUUGAUGAUAUAGAAACAAGUGGCGAAUUUGUAGGCCGUAUUUAAGCAUGCAUGUAAAUAACAUGCUGCGCUAUUGUUUCCUGUAAAUGGAAUUUUUGUUUUUGUUUUUGUUUUUUUCCCCCUUGAAAUUGUUUUACAAUCGGAUUCUUUGCUCAGAAGGAGUGAAUAUGUCAUGCUUUCCUUUCCUUUUCUGUUUGGCCAAACCA